AGCAAGGCAUCACGGUGCAACUUUGUGCGAAUUAAUCCACUCUUGGAAAAUCAGUGUUUCCUCUUCUCACGCUUCCACGACUCUUUUGGUGGACUUGGUAAUUGCCAAGCUGUCUUCCGCUUCUCAGUACAAAGCGUGUACUUAUAUCUAAGAUUGGAUUUUUCACUUACGGCCGGCAAAAAUAUGGUUUUGGCAAUUCUGAUCCCAGAAUGGUCUUUUUUGACCAUUUUUCUAUCGAUCUGUAUGGUCACGCUCUCGGUGCCAUUGAUGAUACGGAGGACUAAGUUUUUGUAUGCCUUAAAGAACGUGCCACAUCCCUCAGCGUUGCCGAUUGUCGGUAACGCUUAUCAACUUAACUGCACACAAGAAGGAUUCUUUCAGAAGUUAAUAAAAUGGGCUAACAAGUUUGGUGAUAUUUAUCUGGUCUGGGUUGGCAUGCGGCCUUUCAUCUUUCUUUAUCGAGUAGAAUCAGUGCAACCUCUACUCAGCAGCAGCGUACAUAUUGAUAAAAGUCUAGAGUACCAAUACUUGAAGCCUUGGUUAGGUACGGGACUGGUAACCAGUUCUGGUGAGAAAUGGCACGUUCGCAGGAAGCUGCUGACGCCCACCUUCCAUAGCGGCCUCCUGGAGACGUAUUUAAAAACUAUAAAAGAAGAGACGAAUGUUCUAAUUUCCUGCCUUGAAAAAGAAGUAGACAAAUGGUUUAACAUUGUUCCGUUUGCGAAACGCGUCGCUCUUGAUAUUAUAUGUGAUACUGCGAUGGGUUACAAACUUAACUCGCAAAAGAACUUGACAAAGUUGAAAGUUGACUACGUCGAGGCUGUAGAUAAGGUUGCAUCUAUUGUGCAAAUGCGUUUCACAAAUGUAUGGUUAUCAUUUGAUUCAAUUUUCAAGUUAACUAAGUCAGGCAAAGAGCACGAUCAUUCAAUUCAAAUUAUACAGGAAUUUGUCAGCAAGGUAAUUGUAAAAAGAAAAGCCGAAUGGAAAAGCGAUGCCAACUUCAACAAUUCAAAGAAAAAGAGACAGGCCCUACUAGAUUUAUUAUUACAAAUAUCACAAAAUGGCACUAUCCUUUCGGAUGAAGACAUUUAUGAAGAAGUAAAUACUUUUAUGUACGCUGGACAUGAUACGCUGGCCACCAGCAUAUCAUGGACACUUUACGCGCUAGGACGAAACCCCGAAUACCAGCAAAAAAUUUUAGAGGAAUACAAUGAUAUGAUGAUGGACACGGAUGAAAUUACAUUGGAGAAUAUACACAAAUUAACAUGGUUGGAAGCUUGCAUCAAGGAACAAUGGAGAUUAUACCCUGUGACUCCACUUAUAGCAAGACAAAUUUACAAACCAAUUGAAAUAAUGAGCAAUCAAAUUCCACCAGGCUCAACAGUUCUCAUCAACUCUUAUUUAUUACACCGUGACGAUCGUUUCUUCCCAGAGCCGCACAUUUAUCGUCCGGAACGAUUCUUGCCCGAUGGUCCUAAAUUACCUCCUUACGCUUUCAUACCCUUUAGCGCUGGCUCGCGCAACUGCAUCGGCUGGAAAUUUGCCACAUUAGUGGUUAAAAUAGCCAUCUUAUCUGUGCUGAAAGCUUUCCAUGUGGAAGCUCUCGAUAAAGAGGAUGAAUUGCGUUUUAUAUCGGAAUUGGUGUUAGUCAACGCAAACGGACUUCGUCUUAAACUUACACCGCGUUAAAACAUUGCGAAUAUUCUUCUCUUCUUUUCUCUCCGUACUACGGAAAAAAAUCAAUGCUGAAAAGAGUUCCUUAGUGCUUAAUUAAAUUUCUCUUUUCUGUAAUCAAACAAAUGUUUCGAAGCAUUUGUAGCGCCAAGUAGACACUGC